GCUGGCUAAAUAGACCAAAGAAAAAUAAGAUCAAAACAGCUAGCCCCUCCUUUGUGUUUCUUUCUUCAACCCCUCCUCUCCACUUUCCUUUCAUUUUGAUCCAACCAUCAAAACCGGGUUAAGGAUUUCCAUCUCAACAAAGAAGACAUGGCUAACUCGGCAUCUGGGAUGCACGUGAAUGAUGAAUGUAAGGUCAAGUUUAUGGAGCUGAAAGCAAAGAGGACUUAUAGGUACAUCGUGUUCAAGAUUGAUGAGAAGGCUCAGGAAGUUCAAAUCGAAAAGCUUGGGAAUCCAGAAGAGACUUACGAUGAUUUCGCAAACUCCAUCCCCGAGAAUGAAUGCCGAUACGCAAUCUAUGAUUUUGAUUUCACCACCGCGGAUAACUGCCAGAAGAGCAAGAUCUAUUUCAUUGCAUGGUCACCUGAUACAUCAAGAGUAAGGAGUAAGAUGUUGUAUGCAAGCUCAAAGGAUAGGUUCAAGAGAGAAAUGGAUGGAAUCCAAGUUGAGUUGCAAGCAACUGAUCCUAGCGAGAUGAGCCUUGACAUCAUCAAAGAACGAGCUCUGUGAGCCCCAAAAAAUCAUAUCAUAUCAUUAUUCUAAAUGAACCACUGCAUCUUUAUUUAUUCCUAAAUUGUUUUGUAUGUUAAAGCUUGUUUAAUUUGUAUCAUUGACAUUUCCAUUUCCCUUUGGAUAUUUCUGCUCUUUGCAAACA